CGCGCCUCCCUGGGGAAUGGGAAGAUGGCGUAUGGACAUCUUACCUUGUGAAUGCUACACGUUGACUAACUAACAAGAACCAAAUCAAGCCGGUUGCGCAUUUAGAUGUCGGAUGUGAAUGAGCCUGAUUACUGUUUAUGCAGUAACGUUAAAGUUUUAAGGUCCAGACGAAGUUAAUCAUCGUGGACAAAGUACCGGACUUCACCUUGUGUCCAGCGGGGGUGAAGUCAUAGCAGGAAGUGAAAGGACCAGUACAUACACAAGACUUUCCCAACCUCAACAUCUGUAAGCUGCUGCCAGCCAUCUUCAAAGAUGUCUGACCAUCUGACGAGAGGGUUCAGGGCCCAGCUGACCACAAGCAUGGACUCAAUCCUGAGGAGAGCCGUGUUUGAAAUAAUGAUGAUCUUUGAGAACACCCUACAUGACCACAAAAUGGAGAUGGCACAGAAAGGACAAGAAAUUGCUCAACUUAAGAUAAAGUUACAGGCAGCAGAGAUCAAGCUGACAGAAUGUGAGCAUGGAGGGGACACAGAAGCGAAGAUGGAUAAAACUCAGGUGAUUGAAACUCAAAGAGAGCCGGUGGAUGCGCCUGGACAAACUCCUGAUGUUCCUGAAAUUGAUUUUGAAGUUCCUGAUGACUGGUGCGCCCCCCUGGGCUGUGAGACCACGAACAAGCCAGAAUCCAACCAGUGUCCCAGCGUAAGACUGCGCAAGCUGUCCAUUCCUCUGUGGCCCAUUCCAGAUGUCAAGAAAGAGGUGGUUAACUAUCACAUUAAAUCCCGCCAGCAAGCAAAGGGGCUCAGGAGGUCCAGGAGAUGUUCCUCAUUAAACAAGAAGCACAAACAGACUGAGGACAGAACCUUACCAGUGCAUGACCAAGGAAUUCCCCGUCGACCAAUGAGAAAUGACAUAAACAAAUUGCUCCGUGACAUCAAGCAGGAAUAUAUUGACCUAACAGGCAGCACCGGUCUGAGAAGACUUAGAAAUUCAACAGGAAAGGAAAAGGAGCAAGAAAAUACAACAAAGACCAAAAGAGAGGAAAGAAAACUUGCAGCAACUGAGUCUACAGAAAAUGAGACAGUGAAAAAUGUCAGUGUAAAGAAGUACACCUGCAAAUUUUGCAAAAAGGUAUUUGAUACAGAGUUUGGCCGAAGUGUGCAUGUACGAUCACACAAGAGGUGCCGCGGUUGCAAAAAAGGCUUCCCUUUUCCAAGUGCUCUUAGGUUGCACAAAACAACUUGCCAAAAACUCAAGAAACUGUUAGAGGCUGAGGUCACUAAUCCUCCAAAACCUGACUCCAGUGAAGAAAAACCAGCUGCACCCAGCAAGGAACAGGCAAUCGUUAAAGGGAGCGCACCUUCCACCAGCAACCACAAUGAAUCAUCUAUCCAGAAAGAUGAGUCCACCAAAAAGCACCUUUGUGUACACUGCAACAAGACGUUUGAUAAACCUUGGGCGCUGCAACAGCACAUUCGUGUUCACACUGGUGAGAGGCCGUUCCCUUGCGGUAUAUGCCCAAAGAAAUUCCGCGUCAAGCAGUCACGCAAAAAGCACAUAUUGAGUGUGCACAAAAACCAAACAAAGUCCUGUGAGACUAAUGAAAACCUUGAAUGGACCAAGCCUUUGGAGGAUACUGAAGAAGUCCAAGAGGAUAUGACGCUUCCAAAGAAAGACAAGAGUCCAGCAAUCAAACAUAACGGUGUUAAGAAAGAUGGUGUUCCAGACAUAAAGCCGAGAUCAGAAUGGCAGACAAUGGGCACACGCUGCUCUGAGGGUUUCUUGUGCUCAUUCUGUCAUAAAGUCAUGAAAAACAAAUGCCGGUUGAUUGAACACUUCCGCAUCCACACAGGAGAGAAGCCCAUGGCAUGUGACAGCUGUCCCGCAACGUUUCGUUUUCGUGGACAACUAAGCAUGCACAAGAAAAGGUGUCAUACGGCUGUACUUAACAACCAGUGUGCCAAGUGUCAGAAGCAAUUCUCCUCACUACUGAGGUACAAUGGGCACGUGUCUAAAUGUCACAGAGACAAGCCUAAAUUCUGCAAGGUUUGUGGGAAAUGUUUCUACACUAAAGGACGCCUCAGAAACCAUAUGGAGCAGGUGCAUCCGUGAGCCAGUGCACACUUUGCAUCUCCUGUUUGUGGACAUUGAAACUCUGGAUGUUGUCAUUUAUGCUCUUACGGAUUGUUGGCAGGGUUGUCCUGCAUUUUACAUGUUUAGCUUCUGUUGUUUUUUUAUUUCUGAGAUGUAAAAACAAGAUAAUUAUAUAAACCACAUCAGUAUUCUCCAUCUCUGUUCAAUAUGAAAACAGUACCGUAAAACCAGUAAUUAAAAAUUUGGUGUCGUUCAGUUAUCACAUUUUAAUUUCAUUCUGAUGUAAGAUCCCAGAUAUGAAACAUCAGUGUCUCUGUCUGUGUAUACAGAGGUCCAGUGUACUACCAAGUACCCUUUUUUUACUGUCAUCAUUUAUUAAGUUUUUGGCAAAACAGAUCGAAAUAUUGUGAAUAUUUUUCUCUAAUGGUGUGAAAAAGACUUUCUACAGGGAUGGCUAACAGAUCAAAGCUCUCAGAGUACAUGUUAUUUUAUACUGAGAUAGUGAAUUCUUUCAGGAAGUCAAAUUUAAGAAACAUUUUUUGAAAAUGUACGUUUUUGGCUAAUUCAGUGAAAACCUGACAAAUUCAGGCCAUAUGAAUGCAGUAAGGCCUUAAAGCAGACCUGUUCUUUUAUGUAUUGGCCAUAGCACUCUAAUACACACUGCAAGAAACAAGAUCUCUACCUGUUGAGUCGGACAUAUCAAAUCCACCAACCCUGUUUUUGUGUUUACUGAAGGUAAAUGUUCAGUUAUCUGUAUUUGUCUACUGUUUGCUUUAAGCACAGAUUGUGCUGUUUGGUAUAAAGUCUACAAUUUUUUGCAGAAUUUGAAACUGCAGUGUUCAAAU